UCUUACCCAUUUAGAUAUCAUCAUACGAGCGCAUCUUGCAUUCCCAAAUAGGCAAGUGCACGGAAGGUAUUCCCUUCUCGUUAAAAAAAAACAUUUAAGAUGAGUUUGCAAUUUUUAAGUAUGGAAUGUGAAAAAUUUGGGGUAAUUCGUUUACAUACAUUAACUGAAUAUAUAUUUGUAUACGAGGAACGAUGGCCAAGAAGAUAUCUAAACACAGUCGAGCCGCAAGAAGAGGAGAAUUAAAUGAUGAUGGUGAAGGUAAAGAUUUAAGCAAAGUAGCCAAAGCUGAGAAUAAUGAUGUGAAGAAGUCGAUUAUUCGGACCACAAUUAAGAAUGAGAACCUUUUAAUGAAGAAGAUGGAGAAUCAAAAGAUUAAGAAGACACUUAAUAAGAAGAAAUCUAACGCAAUAAGACAUAGAGUUGAACGUAAUGAUAAGUUGACAGGAGUGUUAGCCAAUAAGAUUGAACAAAGUAUAGCUAGAGCCAGAUAUGUUCAGGCCACUAGAAAAGCUGGAUGGGAUAAGAUUAAUAAGAAUCUUACGUUGGAAAACAAUAGUGUAACCAUUAUUGAUUCUGAUUCAGUUGUUCACUCUAACACUCCUGAGAUCACACCUGAGAAGACUGCUGAAGACAUUGAAAAGGAGGAAGAAGAUGCAUAUGUUCGAGAAUUCUACGGCCAAGAUGCUGCUCCUCAAGAUAAAGUUGAAGAGUCUACUGAUACUGCUACUCCUACAAGUUCUUUAGCCAAUAAUAGAUUUGCAUUAUUAGAAGAAACCGAACUCGAGUAAUGAUUUGGCGAUGAUUUAGUUCUCUCUAUACUUAACUGUACAUUAGCUUUUCCUUAAUAGACAUUUUUCUCACUAGUUAAGCUCACUCUCACUAACUCCACUAAAUUUGUAGGC